AGAGCCGCGGAGCCGAGACGGCGGUGGCGCCCGUGGGAUGCGGGGAGCGCGCCCCCGGGGCCACUGAGCCUGCGCCCCUGCCCGGAGCCCCGCGCCCAGCCGAGCCCGCGCCCAGCCGCAGACGCCCUUCCUGGGCCCGGCCGGGGCCCCUGCAGCUUCCCGGCAGGCAGCGUGAGGCCAGCCCGUGCCCCAGAAGCAGGAUGAGAAGAUGGCCAACUUCCUGUUACCUCGGGGCACCAGCAGCUUCCGCAGGUUCACCCGGGAGUCCCUGGCGGCCAUCGAGAAGCGCAUGGCAGAGAAGCAAGCCCAGGGCUCAGCCACCUUGCAGGAGAGCCGGGACGGGCUGCCGGAGGAGGAGGCUCCCCGGCCCCAGCUGGACCUGCAGGCCUCCAAAAAGCUACCGGAUCUCUAUGGCAACCCACCUCGCGAGCUCAUCGGGGAGCCCCUGGAGGACCUGGACCCCUUCUACAGCACCCAAAAGACCUUCAUCGUGCUGAAUAAAGGCAAGACCAUCUUCCGGUUCAGUGCCACCAACGCCUUGUAUGUGCUCAGUCCCUUCCACCCCAUCAGGAGAGCGGCUGUGAAGAUUCUGGUUCAUUCGCUCUUCAGCGUGCUCAUCAUGUGCACCAUCCUCACCAACUGCGUGUUCAUGGCCCAGCACGACCCUCCGCCCUGGACCAAAUACGUCGAGUACACCUUCACUGCCAUUUACACCUUCGAGUCCCUGGUCAAGAUUCUGGCCCGAGGCUUCUGCCUGCACGCAUUCACCUUCCUCCGGGACCCUUGGAACUGGCUGGACUUCAGCGUGAUAGUCAUGGCAUACACAACUGAAUUUGUGGACCUGGGCAAUGUCUCAGCUUUACGCACCUUCCGAGUCCUCCGGGCCCUGAAAACUAUUUCAGUCAUUUCAGGCCUGAAGACCAUCGUGGGGGCCUUGAUCCAGUCUGUGAAGAAGCUGGCCGACGUGAUGGUCCUCACGGUCUUCUGCCUCAGCGUUUUCGCCCUCAUCGGCCUGCAGCUCUUCAUGGGCAACCUCCGCCACAAGUGUGUGCGCAACUUCACGGUGCUCAACGACACCAACGGCUCCGUGGAGGCCGACGGCCGGGUCUGGAACUCGCUGGAGCUCUACCUCAACAGUUCAGAAAAUUACCUGCUCAAGAACGGCACCACGGAUGUGUUACUGUGUGGGAAUAGCUCUGAUGCUGGGACAUGUCCCGAGGGCUACCGGUGCCUGAAGGCCGGCCAGAACCCUGACCACGGCUACACCAGCUUUGACUCCUUCGCCUGGGCCUUCCUGGCGCUCUUCCGCCUGAUGACACAGGACUGCUGGGAGCGCCUCUACCAGCAGACCCUGAGGUCUGCUGGGAAGAUCUACAUGAUUUUCUUCAUGCUCGUCAUCUUCUUGGGCUCCUUCUACCUGGUCAAUCUCAUCCUGGCCGUGGUCGCCAUGGCCUACGAGGAGCAAAACCAAGCCACCAUUGCAGAGACUGAGGAGAAGGAGAAGCGCUUCCAGGAAGCCAUGGAGAUGCUCAAGAAGGAGCACGAGGCCCUCACCAUCAGGGGUGUGGACACUGUGUCACGCAGCUCCUUGGAGAUGUCCCCUUUGGCUCCAGUAAACACCCAUGAGAGAAGGAGCAGGAGGAAGAAGCGAUUGUCUUCAGGAACAGACGAGUGUGGGGAUGAGAGGUUCCCCAAGUCAGACUCGGAGGAUGGCCUGAGAGCAAUGAACCGCCUCAGCCUCACCCACGGCCUCAGCCGGACGUCCAUAAAGCCACGCUCCAGCCGUGGGAGCAUUUUCACCUUCCGCCGCCGAGAUCUGGGCUCCGAGACGGAUUUUGCAGAUGACGAGAACAGCACAGCAGGGGACAGCGAGAGCCACCGCACCUCACUGCUGGUGCCCUGGCCCCUGCGCCGGCCUAGCACCCAGGGGCAGCCCAGUCCCGGGAAUGCAGCCCCCAGCCACAUCCUCAAUGGCAAAAAGAACAGCACAGUGGACUGCAAUGGGGUGGUGUCCUUGCUGGGGGCAGGCGAGCCCGAGUCUGCCUCCCCAGGCAGCCGCCUCCUCCGCCCCGUGAUGCCCGAGCGGCCCCCAGACACGACCACACCAUCCGAGGAGCCAGGAAGGCCUCAGAUGCUCACCCCGCAGGCGCCAUGCAUGGACGGUUCUGAGGAACCGGGAGAGCGACAGCGGGCCCUCAGUGCAGUCAGUGUCCUCACCAGUGCCCUGGAAGAGCUGGAGGAGUCUCACCGCAAGUGUCCGCCAUGUUGGAACCACUUUGCCCAGCGCUACCUGAUCUGGGAUUGCUGCCCCCUAUGGAUAUCCAUCAAGCAGAGAGUGAAGUUCAUGGUCAUGGACCCAUUUGCCGACCUCACCAUCACCAUGUGCAUCGUGCUCAACACGCUCUUCAUGGCGCUAGAGCACUACAACAUGACCACGGAGUUUGAGGAGAUGCUACAAGUUGGAAACCUGGUCUUCACCGGUAUCUUCACUGCGGAAAUGACCUUCAAGAUAAUUGCCCUUGACCCCUACUACUACUUCCAGCAGGGCUGGAACAUCUUCGACAGCAUCAUCGUCACCCUCAGCCUCAUGGAGCUGGGCCUGUCCCGCAUGGGCAACCUGUCGGUGCUGCGGUCCUUUCGCUUGCUUCGAGUCUUCAAGCUGGCCAAGUCGUGGCCCACCUUGAACACUCUGAUCAAGAUCAUUGGGAACUCAGUGGGGGCACUGGGGAACCUGACGCUGGUGCUGGCCAUCAUCGUGUUCAUCUUCGCCGUGGUGGGGAUGCAGCUCUUCGGCAAGAACUACUCAGAGCUGCGGCAUCGCAUCAGCGACUCGGGCCUGCUGCCCCGCUGGCACAUGAUGGACUUCUUCCACGCCUUCCUCAUCAUCUUCCGCAUCCUGUGCGGCGAGUGGAUCGAGACCAUGUGGGACUGCAUGGAGGUGUCUGGCCAGUCGCUGUGCCUGCUGGUCUUCCUGCUGGUCAUGGUCAUCGGCAACCUUGUGGUCCUGAACCUCUUCCUGGCCCUGCUGCUCAGCUCCUUCAGUGCCGACAACCUCACGGCCCCUGACGAGGACGGGGAGAUGAACAACCUGCAGCUGGCCCUGGCCCGCAUCCAGCGGGGGCUGCGCUUCGUCAAGCGCACCACCUGGGACUUCUGCUGCGGCCUCCUGCAGCACCGGCCCCCCAAGCCCACCAGCCUCGCCGCCCACCGCCAGCUGCCCAGCUGCGUGGCCACGGCCAGCCCGCUGCCUCCCGCAGAGCCAGAGAAGGCCCCUCCGGCCCGCAAGGAGACGCGCUUUGAGGAAGGCGAGCGUCCUGGCCUGGGAGCCCCCGGGCACGAGGAGCCCAUGUGUGUGCCCAUUGCCGUGGCCGAGUCAGACACGGAUGAGCAGGAGGAUGACGAGGAUAACAGCCUGGGCACGGAGGAAGGGACCAGCAAGCAGGAAUCCCAACCUGUGUCCAACGGCCCCGAGGCCCUCCCGGAGCCCAGGGCCUGGAGCCAGGUGUCGGAGACCGCUUCCUCCUUGGCCGAGGCCAGAUCGGCUCAGGCAGACUGGCAGCAGCGGCAGGAAGUGGAGCCCCCAGCCCCAGGGUGCAGUGAGACGCACGAAGACAGCUACUCUGAGGGCAGCACGGCAGACAUGACCAACACCGCAGACCUGCUCGAGCAGAUUCCAGACCUGGGCGAGGAUGUCAAGGACCCUGAGGACUGCUUCACUGAAGGCUGCGUUCGCCGCUGUCCCUGCUGCACUGUAGACACCACGCAGUCCCCGGGGAAGGUGUGGUGGCGGCUGCGCAAGACCUGCUACCGCAUCGUGGAGCACAGCUGGUUCGAGACCUUCAUCAUCUUCAUGAUCCUGCUCAGCAGCGGGGCUCUGGCCUUCGAGGACAUCUACCUGGAGGAGAGGAAGACCAUCAAGGUCCUGCUGGAGUACGCUGACAAGAUGUUCACCUAUGUCUUUGUGCUGGAGAUGCUGCUCAAGUGGGUGGCCUAUGGCUUCAAGAAGUACUUCACCAACGCCUGGUGCUGGCUCGACUUCCUCAUCGUGGACGUCUCCCUCAUCAGCCUAGUGGCCAACACCCUGGGCUUCGCUGAGAUGGGCCCCAUCAAGUCUCUGCGGACACUGCGCGCCCUCCGGCCCCUGCGAGCCCUGUCCAGAUUCGAGGGCAUGAGGGUGGUGGUCAACGCCCUGGUGGGCGCCAUCCCAUCCAUCAUGAACGUCCUCCUCGUCUGCCUCAUCUUCUGGCUCAUCUUCAGCAUCAUGGGCGUCAACCUCUUCGCGGGGAAGUUUGGCCGGUGCAUCAACCAGACAGAGGGAGACCUGCCCUUGAACUACACCUUCAUCAACAACAAGAGUGACUGUGAGUCCUUCAACAUGACGGGCGAGUUGUACUGGACCAAAGUGAAAGUCAACUUUGACAACGUGGGGGCCGGCUACCUGGCCCUGCUGCAGGUGGCAACAUUUAAAGGCUGGAUGGACAUCAUGUACGCAGCUGUGGACUCCAGGGGGUAUGAAGAGCAGCCCCAGUGGGAGUCCAACCUCUACAUGUACAUCUACUUUGUCGUCUUCAUCAUCUUCGGCUCCUUCUUCACCCUGAACCUGUUCAUUGGUGUCAUCAUCGACAACUUUAACCAACAGAAGAAAAAGAUACGGGGCCAGGACAUCUUCAUGACAGAGGAGCAGAAGAAGUACUACAAUGCCAUGAAGAAGCUGGGCUCCAAGAAGCCCCAGAAGCCCAUCCCAAGGCCCCUGAACAAGUACCAGGGCUUCGUAUUCGAUAUUGUGACCAAGCAGGCCUUUGACGUCACCAUCAUGUUUCUCAUCUGCUUGAACAUGGUGACCAUGAUGGUGGAGACAGAUGACCAGAGCCCUGAGAAGGUCAACAUCUUGUCCAAGAUCAACCUGCUCUUCGUGGCCAUCUUCACGGGCGAGUGCAUUGUCAAGAUGGCGGCCCUGCGCCACUAUUACUUCACCAACAGCUGGAACAUCUUCGACUUUGUGGUUGUCAUUCUCUCUAUUGUGGGCACCGUGCUCUCCGACAUCAUCCAAAAGUACUUCUUCUCUCCCACGCUCUUCCGCGUCAUCCGCCUGGCCCGCAUCGGCCGCAUCCUCAGGCUCAUCCGAGGGGCCAAGGGCAUCCGCACACUGCUCUUUGCCCUCAUGAUGUCCCUGCCCGCCCUCUUCAACAUCGGCCUCCUCCUCUUCCUCGUCAUGUUCAUCUACUCCAUCUUCGGCAUGGCCAACUUCGCCUACGUCAAGUGGGAGGCCGGCAUCGACGACAUGUUCAACUUCCAGACCUUCGCCAACAGCAUGCUGUGCCUCUUCCAGAUCACCACGUCGGCCGGCUGGGACGGCCUCCUCAGCCCCAUCCUCAACACGGGCCCCCCCUACUGCGACCCCAACCUGCCCAACAGCAACGGCUCCCGGGGGAACUGCGGGAGCCCAGCCGUGGGCAUCCUCUUCUUCACCACCUACAUCAUCAUCUCCUUCCUCAUCGUGGUCAACAUGUACAUCGCCAUCAUCCUGGAGAACUUCAGCGUGGCCACGGAGGAGAGCACCGAGCCUCUGAGCGAGGACGACUUCGACAUGUUUUACGAGAUCUGGGAGAAGUUCGACCCCGAGGCCACCCAGUUCAUCGAGUACUCGGCCCUCUCGGACUUUGCCGAUGCCCUGUCGGAGCCGCUGCGCAUCGCCAAGCCCAACCAGAUCAGCCUCAUCAACAUGGACCUGCCCAUGGUGAGCGGGGACCGGAUCCACUGCAUGGACAUCCUCUUCGCCUUCACCAAGAGGGUGCUGGGAGAGUCAGGGGAGAUGGACGCCCUCAAGAUCCAGAUGGAGGAGAAGUUCAUGGCGGCCAACCCAUCCAAGAUCUCCUACGAGCCCAUCACCACCACGCUGCGACGCAAGCAUGAGGAGGUGUCAGCCACCGUCAUCCAGAGGGCCUUCCGGCGCCACCUGCUGCAGCGCUCGGUCAAGCACGCCUCCUUCCUCUACCGCCGGCAGACGGGCAGCAGCGGGCUGUCGGAGGAGGACGCCCCCGAGCAGGAGGGCCUCAUCGCCUACAUGAUGGGCCGGAACUUCUCCCAGCCGUCCAGCUCCUCCAUCUCCUCCACGUCCUUCCCCCCCUCCUACGACAGUGUCACCAGGGCCACCAGUGACAACCUCCAGGUGCGGGCAUCCGACUACAGCCGCAGCGACGAGCUAGCCGACUUCCCCCCGUCCCCCGACAGGGACCGCGAGUCGGUCGUGUGAGCCGAGGCCUGGCUGCCCUGGACAGACCGAGAGGAACCGCAACCCGGCCGUACACCAGCUGCAUGGGGCCCGCCUGGCUUUGGGCUGGGGAGGGGUAGGGGGAUGGCGAGAGGUGGGCCCCCGUGCCACCUGUCCGUGGGGCAGCGGUGUUCCGAGGCACCCAGGCAGCUGGCCGAGCUGCCCACUGGAGCAUCCUGCGCCGAGGCCGCACGUGCCUGGCCUGCUCUGAUCAGGCACCGCCGCUCCCCCAAGACUCAAGAGCAGCUUUGUCCCAGCUGCUGAGAAGCAGGUCACAAAACAGACUGGAGAGCUGAGAAUGGGCUUUCUUACAUUUAUUAUAUUUGAUAUUUUUUUACUUGAGCGAAGAACACUUGGUUUUUUUUGUUUGUUUUUUCUCCCAUGAACACGGGCAGGCGUUCAUGGCGUGCUCCCUAAAACUGAACAAGAGUGUCUGUGGAGCUGCUGGAACACUCUUUUCAAAGCUAAAGGGACCCCCAGUGUGGUGUCCCCGGGCCUUCCCUGCCCAGGGGGUGGAAAGGGAUUCCCUGACACUUGGGCUGAGGCACCAGGAGGGCCGAACCCCACAACCACACCCUUCACAUUCACAGAGGCCUGACACAGGCCUCAGAGUGUCAGGCAGCCUCCUCAGCCCCAGCAUCAAGGAGACAGUUCCUUUUCCAGGAACUGUCCAUAGUGGUGGGGUUCUUGAUGGGACAGUUGGGGGGUCUCUCUUGGCCUUCCAUGUCUCCGUUCCCCAACCGGUGUGUUUUUUCAUGCAGACUAAACUACAGUCAGCUCUGUGAAAAUAAAAGCUUCCAAGGGAGAGCGGCCUGAAUCCCAGGACUGGCCCUAGCCCCUGGUGAGUCUCGCCUUCUGUAAGAGUAUUAACGUUCAAACAGGAGCACCACAGAGCCUGCCCGCUCAUGGCCUGGCACCCAGAUGGUCCCUGCUCCAGAAGCCUGCAGGCCAUGCCCCCCAAGUCAGGGUGAAGAGGCUGAGGUCCUUGGAGCUGGGCCCUCAGUCCUCCUGAAGAAGGGGGCCUGCUGUCGUCUCUUCCCGGACAGUUCUGCUUCUGGACAUGUGGGGAGGGGUCCCCACGUGGGACCAGCUCCACGGAGGCAGGCAGGGCUGCUUGGGGCUGUGCAGGGAAGGGUCACGGAGAGGUUCCCAGAACUUGAGGAGGGUACCCCGGGCCCCUUUGGGGAAAGGAGUGGGGUGACUGAAACCAGCCCCUCUGAGUCCACUGGGGUCCCUAACCCCACCCCCAUGCAGGACCUCCUGAAGACAGGGUCCAGGCUGUCUGGUUGGUCUUGUGAGAAGGCCUUUUCAGGGAAAAUAACUUUUUCUAGUCCAGGGCCUUUCAGCUGCUGACAAUCCUGUUUAGCAUAUGCAACUCUUUCAUUGUAGAGGACUGUCUCCCUCAGAGUGGCAGUGCUGGCUGGCCAGUCCCAGCCCUCCAGCAGAGCCACCCUCCCCUGGGAGUCCACUCACAGGCCACCUCCCGGGGCCACCGGGAAGCCGGAAGCUAGCUGCUCCUAACCUACCUCGUGGAAGGGCUGGAUGGUGGCAAGCUCGCGCCAGUGCCCAGGGGGUGCUGCUGGCGGGAUAAGUAUUAACGUUUCUUCUUGUCACUCCAAGUUUCCCCUGGUGACAACCCCAGCCCAGCACCCCACCCCCAGGACUCCUGUGACUCCUCUUCUCCCAUGUUUGCUUUUAGUCCAGUGUGGGGCGUAGUCUUUAACUGUCUCAGUGACUCUUGGAGUGAAAUCUUAUUUUUGUAGAUCUCUGCGCUUUGCUCUCCAGGCAGGGGGGUGGGCAGCCUUUCCUGGCACAGGGUGGAGGUGGGAUGGCAGUCCGGGCUCCCCGCCCAACUAUCUUCCAGAAACCCACGGUUUUGUGUGAGGGCGACCUGGGAGCCUUGAGCCAGGUGCCCAGAGCAGACAGACGCCAGUGGCUGUGGACUGUGAGGCCAAGGACAGGGACGAGCUAGACCCUACUUCUUAGCUUUCUUUAGCACCUCUAUCUCGCCCCCCCCCCCCCCCCGUCUCCCUUUUUUUUUCCAGAACUGCACAGUGACCAGCAGGAGAGGAGGAGAGGAGGAGAGGGUUGGACAGAGGAGGGAGGGACAGGAAUCAAGUGCCAGAUGUCUGAACUAAUAGAGCACUUCUCACCAAACAUCAUGUAUAAAUAAGAUAUCAUAUUUUUAAAACAAAUCAAUAAAUGGCUUACAGGA